AUGUCCACACCCGGCUGUUCCUCCUGGAUCCACACCGACAACUCCGACGAGUCUUCCGACGUUCAAGUGACGUUCUAUACUCCGAGUUGGCCAAAGCAGGCGCUCAAGUUCCAACUGCCCGGGUUCAUGACACGGCGGUGCCGCUCGGACACCUCUUCGGAAACAUCUUGUGGAGCCGCGCGAGUGAAUGAGGUUCAGCGGAAUUUGAAAAGACGCGCCGACUCGCGUUGUUGUUCGGGCAUCCCAUUGAAGAAAGGACGAGUAUCCGCUGGGACCGUCGUGCAAGAGUCCCCGAAAGUUGAGGCCAAUGACGUUCGAAUGGAGGAGUGA